CGGUUUUUGGUGGUGCUAGUUCAGGUUUGUUGACAGAGGCUGCCAGAGCGUCAGGCGAGAUACAGGAGGGCAGGACUGGUGAUGACGGCGGUCGUGUUGCCAGGAGGCUACAUAUGGACCCCGAGGACGUGCUUGAGGAGGAGCGUUUGGCACGGAUGGUGUCGGGGUGUGCCACGACACAGCGGCUUGCGUUGGAGCAGGACACGACUAGGGCGAGGGAGGUGGGGUGUAGUGUAGAGGAGGUCACUGCCACCAGACUGCCAGCAGAGUGUAGACACGAUGGUCCUGCAGAUGUUGCAGAUGGUGGAGGACUCUGCACAGAGGGACGCGUGGUGGAUCGUGCGGACGACCACCAGGAGGACGCGAGGGUAGGGUUGGGUGGUUUAUGUGGGGCCAGCAACACGGUACUACCCACUACUGAUGAGGCGGACGGGGGCGACGACGCGGCCACGACAGAUGCAGGGGGGUUGCUUGGGUGCGAUGGCACGGAGGUGGAGGGGCAAGUGGGUAGAGCACUUGUCGGCGUUGCCAUUGCCGCAAUAGAGGAUGUGGUCGCAGAUCACACUCAGGAUGGUCUUGUCACGGUGGAUGCUAUGGUUGCACUUCGCAACGAGGAGGAGCAACAGGUGGACCCCGGGGACGUUGUUGCACACCCUGUAGAGGCACACGUGCCCAGCAUGUCCCCACUCGAGCGCCACACUGCUGGGAUUGAUCCAGUGAUGGGCAGGAGCAGGCAUAUAUCGAAGAGGCUUUGGAAGGCUGUGCCUCCAUCUUCUUUCGUGCCUGUUAGUCCGCCAGCACCUUCGGGGGUAUCGGGGGAUAUUGGGAAGACUAUGGAGAUGGCCGACUUGUUCAAGCAAUUGACAGGUCAGAGGGUUAUCGAGCCGGGAGGGGUAUCAUGGGGAGCAGGGCCAGUUGCUGCAGGGACAGGACCAGCAUGUGCAGGGGCGGUGAGUGGACGGGGAGGUGAGUCUGGUGGCAGUGUUGUGGGCGGGGGAGGUGGUCCCGCAGUUGUCGGNGGGACAGGACCAGCAUGUGCAGGGGCGGUGAGUGGACGGGGAGGAGGGCGCGGGCAGGUGCAGGGUUCUCCAUCACCUUCAUCGAAGGCGAAAGGGAAGUCUGUAUCAUGGAGCAGCAUCAGCAGGGUCAGCCGCAAACUCAAGGAUGCUAUGCCUCGGGUUACGAGUGAGAGGAGGGAUCGUGAGGGGAGGUUGACAGAGAUGUUUGCGGACGCAGCAGGCUGGGUAUGGAAGGGAGAUAGGUUGGAGCAUCCUGGUGCCGGGUCGUCGUGUGCUGCAAAUCGACGGGGCAGCACGAUGGUUGCACCGCCGUCACGACCGCCCACAGCAGGUGCGGCACAACGAGAUGGUCAUCGACGUCCGAAAGGGCGAUCUUCCACACGUGCUUUGCCAGGUGCCCGACCACCUCCAGCAUUGCUGGAGGAUGACCCUGAUCCCGUUACUUUGCAGACGAGCCGUGGAGGUUGUAUUUCUACUGCACACAGGAUACUGGAUGAGGAGCCGCGACGUCAGACAGGUACAGGACCGGGCAGUCGUCGAGCUGCUGGGGGCCGCACGGAGGAUUCCGCGACGGAUGGGGUGCCUAUGCCUAGGGGUAGGAAGACAUACAGGACUCUGACUGGCGUUUUGGGACGUUCUGCUGGAGGGGGUGUUGAGAGAGAGGCGGAGGUCCAGGAGGCAGAGAGGGUGGCAGCCAGAGCAGUUGCCAAUCAUGCCGUGUCUGCGUCACAGCAUCCAGGGGAGGGAGAGGAGAUGGCGGCGAAGGUGCCGCAAAGGCGGCGAGAGCGCAUCAUCGACGAUGAUGACACAGACGGCUGGCAGUGCGAUGCGCCGUAGACUAGGACUUCGAUUUCGCGCCGAUGAUGUUUGUGUGUAUCUUUCUUCAUUUAGAGUUUCACAGGUUUCGUUC